AGGCGCCCACUCUCCGAGGCCCAGGUGGUAGGGAGGUGGCGUGCAGCAGCCCUGAUCCUGGGUGUCUGCGUUCCCGCGGGGUCCCCAGGCCCUCGGGCCUCGCGCUGGCAGGUGCCAGAGAGGCUCCCAGCUCCUCAGCGCCACCGCGUGGGGUGGCCAGGGUCCCGCGUGCCCGGCGGGAGCGGCGCGGGGGAGGCGCGCGGGCCUGGGCGGCGCGGAGCAGAGCUGAGCCGAGCGGAGCAGCCGCGUCCGCCCCCGCCGGGCCGCGCGCUGCCGAGCCGGGAUCCGCGAGUGCGCGCCCAGCGCAGGGCCAGCGCGGCCGGCCACCCGAGGGUCGCGCCCGUGUCCGCGUCCAUCCCCCGGCCGCAGACCCCGUGCUCCCUGCACCCUACCGCCCCCUGCUGCGCGGUGCCGCCGGCCCUCGACGCUGCGGCCGGGGGUCAGCGCGCACUCUGACGGAGCAGCCCCCGCGUGUCCCCGAGGACUGAGCCCUUCCCGGCGCGUUUGCCAAGCACGGCCACGCUCCAGUGCCAGUGAGCCGGACAUGAUCUCCACGAGAGUGAUGGACGUCAAGCUUCGGGAGUCUGCUGAAGGCCUUGGGGAGGAUGGCACAGGAAAGAAAAAAUCCAAGUUUAAAACUUUUAAGAAGUUGUUUGGGAAGAAGAAGAGAAAGGAAUCGCCCUCAUCCACGGGAAACAGCACCUGGAAGCAGAAUCAGGCCAAGAGCGAGGUCAUUGCCAUUGAGUCGGGGCCAGUGGGCUACGACUCUGAAGAUGAGCUGGAGGAGUCCAGGGGCACUCUAGGCAACCGUGCCCUCUCACACGACAGUAUUUUCUUUCCUGAAUCGGGACAGGACCCUGCUCGGCCUGUGCGGGUGUUUUCCCAAGAAAAUGUGUGUGACCGGAUCAAGGCUUUGCAGUUAAAGAUACAAUGUAACGUGAAAAUGGGGCCACCGCCUCCAGGAGGCAUUCCUAUCAAGAGGGCGGAGGAAACUGGUUUAAGCUCCGAGGAUGACGGACUGCCCCGGAGCCCCCCAGAGAUGUCCCUGCUUCAUGACGCGGGUCCAGGCACGACUAUAAAGAUCUUAGUGUCCUCAUCGCAGCCACAGUCUCCUGACCACACGAGCGAUGCCACCGUCUCCUCUCGGACCUUGGAUGGCAGCCUGGCACCUGUGGCUGACUUCAGCCACCCUCCUGAGUCCUCCUCCUGCCUGGACAACUCUGCAGCUAAACACAAGCUCCUGGUUAAGCCCCGCAACCAGCGAUCAAGUAAAAUGAGGCGCCUGUCUUCGAGGGCACAGUCUGAAUCUCUGAGUGACCUGUCAUGGACCCUGGAGGAGGAAGAACAUGAAAAGAAACCACUGCUCCGGGUCAACACAGAAGUGGACCCCAGCUCCGGGCACUGGGAUUUGAUGCUGGGCAGAAGGCCUGAGCUUGGGGGACCUGCAACCUUGCUGCUGCCUGGAGGGGCCUGUGCUAGACGGGCUCGCCUACAGCACAGUGCAGCUGUCAGUGGCAGCAUGGAGGAGGGAAGCUCUCCUGGAGAUGAGCCCUCAAGCCAUCAGGCUAUGCCAGAGCUCACUGAGCCCAUGGCAGUCUCAGUUCCAUGCCCGGAGACCCCAUCUCUGCCACAAGAUUCUCCGUACCAUAUUCCCCACAGUGAAAUCCAGAAGGAAGAACUGUCCUCUGGAGGCCUGUGUCCCCUAGUGGAAAACAUGUCUGAGGAGGUUUUUUGUGAUUCUGGAGAUGUGGAAACUCCACUGUCUACUGACGUCCCUGACGGAGGCAUGGCACCUCCCAAGGACUCGGUGGCACCUGAGGACACCACAGCACUUCCUGAAGGGGAGACUGUACCUUCCAAAGAGGACAUAACACCCCCUGAGGGAGACACAACACAAGUCAUGGCACCUCCCAAGAGAGACAUGUCACCUUCCAAGGGAGAUGUGGCACCUCCCAAGAGGAUCAUAGCACCUCCUGAGAAAGACAUGUCACCCCCAGAGAGAGACAUGUCACCUUCCAAGGGAGAUGUGGCACCUCCUGAGAGAGACAUGUCACCUCCAGAGAGAGACAUGUCACCUUCCAAGGAAGAUGUGGCACCUCCCAAGAGGAUCAUGGCACCUCCAGAGAGAGAUAUGUCACCUUCCAAGGGAGAUGUGGCACCUCCCAAGAGGAUCAUGGCACCUCCAGAGAGAGACAUGUCACCUUCCAACGAAGACAUGACACCUCCCAAAGGGAUCAUGGAACCUCCCAAUAGGGACACAAUACUUCCAAAGGAAGAGGCACCACCUCCUGAGGUUGUCACUGACACCAACUUGGAGACACCUUCAGAUACAGAGGGACAGGAGCAAAGUGUUCAGAAAGAGGAGGAGCUGACCCUGGUGGUACCCAGGUCUGAGGAAGCGGGGACAGAGUCAUGCACAGUCCCUUCCCCGAGCCCUCCGGUACCUAAGAGCUGCCUGAAGCACAAGGUCCUGGCUCCCAGCAGGUCCCCUGCAGAGUCUCAUCUGAAAGAGUCCAGCCCCAGAGUCCAGGACAGAGCAGUUGUGCCCCCAGCCCGCCCAAGGCCUGCACAGGCUACAGCAUCAGGGGGUCCAGAGAAGGCAGCCCUGGGGAGGAAGUGCGACCGGAGUACUGAACCACAACGCAACAUUAAGAGGUUCUCUGUGACCUCGAGCAGAGCGCGUGCCCGUGCCAGCAGCUCUCGCCUUCUGGAACAUUCUGGGCAUGCGCCUGCAGGGGGCCGUGCACCCUUACUACGGAGUGGCCUUGCCUGGAAGAGCGAGGCGGCUCUUGAUGACCUCCAGGUGCUGCCAGAGCCCCAGGACAGAAAGGCAGUGGGUGGUGACCCUCAGGACUCAAGGGACAUGGGGGCCGGCCAGGCAGGACCAGGCAGCAGCCUCCAAGAUGCUGAUACGUGUGCUUCCUCUGUGAAGGAGCCAGUCCCAGGGGAGGACCAAAGCCCCUUCCCAGUCAAGCUACGGUCCACCUCGCUCUCACUCAAGUACAGAGACGGCUCUGCCCAGGAGGCCAAAGCAGUCAAGAGGUACAGCGCCGAAGUCAGGUUGGAGAGAGGAGGCUUGACCCUGCACCCCAAGGAUGAACAGAGCCAUGCUGGGCCUGCCCCGACACUGCGAAGUUCCAGGUCCCCCAAUGGGCAAGGGAAAGGGAAGUCCAGGUCUCCUGAGCAGUCCAGCAUCAAGCCACCCCUGCCCAGGAAGCCGCUCCUGCAGAGCCUCACCUUGCAGUACCCACCCGCAGGCCUGGACGCCAGCCCUGGGGAGUCUGAGAGACUCAUAGCGGUCAUCCCGCCUCCCGAACCCAGAAAGGAGAAGUCGCCCCAGCAGGGAACUGAAAAGGGUCAGCCUCCUGCUGCUACAGGUCCUGGGGCUGAUGGGCAACCCACCCCACCCUGGAUCACCAUGGCCCGGCAGAAGCGAAGAGGAGCCCCAGACCUGCCUGUCAACCAGGAAGACAAGCCUGGGUCACGGAUCCUAAAGACAGAAACUGGAAAGCAAACCCAGGAGUCUGUGAAGCAGGGUGACUUUGUCCGAAGCAAAUCUUUCCUGAUGACCCCUGCGAAGCCCCCUGUGACCCAGAGGCAGGGGUCAAAGCUGAGCCUUAAGGAAGGACUACAGAGAGGAAUCUCGCUGUCUCAUCAGAACUUGGCAGCUCAGGCUGCAGCAAUGACAGAGAAGGAGUUGCAUCAGCUGAAGAGAGCCAGUUACACGACGAGCACCGAUCAGCCAUCCUGGAUGGAGCUCGCCAGAAAGAAAUCUCAGGCUUGGAGCGACAUGCCCCAGAUCAUAAAAUAGAGUGGCAGCCUGCUGAUGAAGGAUGUCCACCGCAUUGACGGACCACUUAGUUUUAAACUGCCAAUAAAUCAUGGCAAACAGACUGUGAAACUUAAGAUUGAUUUUGGUCAACAAAUUAUGAUGUGCUGGGAAGAGAGAGGAAGCAGGCAGAACCAAAAGACAAGACAGCCUCCGUCUUGGGCCAGAGGGGCUGCAGCAAGGAGGAACCCUGUAAAAGCUCCUUCCUGAGCUGAGGUAUCAGUUCAGAAUCCCCAUUCUAAAGAGGCCCCAGACAACCCGCGAAUGGAAAUGAAGAGGGUGCAUAUGUUGGGUGCCCUUUAAGAACAGAACCGGAACUUCUUAGGAGUCCCAGGUCUGCACUGUCACUGUCAUCAGCCUGUGCCUCUGGCCACUGUCUUGCCGUGGGCCAUCGUCACCUUUUGUGUUUACUGAUAGGCAUGACGUUUAUGGUACAGCAGGGAUGCCGUUUAUAAGAGCAGCUACGCAACGAUCCAGUUUCCUGAAGACGUCCGCCCCUGAGAAGGGGAGGACAGGACGUGUCAGGGUUUGUCGAUUCAGAGACUGUUUCUAAGAAGAAUUUUUUAAUUUUUCCACUAGGCGUCUGUGUCCUGAACCAUUGCACAAUGCAUUGCCUGUUUAAUAAAAGGUUUCAAACCUG